AUAAAAAUUUCUGAUUAACGACUUUUUAUUGAAUAAACAAAAGGAGAGGUUAUUUUAUCUUAGGGAGAAAAAAUUCAACCCCGCUUCACUGCCUCCUUGUUCAUUAAAGUAAAAAAGAAGCAUUUUUUAUCGCUCCCUCUUUUUGAUGGGCUCUGUAUUUGGGCAGCAUUUGUUCUUGUUGUAUUUUUACAUGAAAAACAUCGGUCUGAAAUCUCCAAUAGAAAAUUCAUAAAUAUCUCCCUCUCUCUCUACCCCCUCUGUUUCUCUCCCCCAAAACGCCUUUGAAUCUGAGGGAGCCGGCGGAACUUAUUGCCCCAGUGGUAGAUUGUCAUACCAUUAUUUUGUGCCACAAUGUCGAUGGUGGAUGAGCCACUGUAUCCAAUAGCAGUCCUGAUAGAUGAGUUAAAGAAUGAAGACAUUCAGUUACGGUUGAACUCCAUACGUAGACUAUCCACCAUUGCACGCGCGCUUGGGGAGGAGAGGACUAGAAAGGAGUUGAUUCCAUUUUUGAGUGAGAACAAUGAUGAUGAUGAUGAGGUGCUGCUUGCUAUGGCUGAAGAAUUGGGUGUCUUCAUUCCAUAUGUUGGAGGAGAGGAACAUGCUCACGUGCUGCUCCCUCCUCUAGAAACACUUUGUACUGUGGAGGAGACCUGUGUGAGGGACAAAGCUGUAGAGUCCUUGUGUAGGAUUGGAUCACAAAUGAGGGAGAGUGAUUUGGUUGACUCGUUUAUUCCUCUUGUGAAGAGACUGGCAGCAGGCGAGUGGUUCACAGCCCGUGUCUCUGCUUGUGGCUUAUUUCAUAUUGCAUAUCCAAGUGCCCCAGAUAUGCUAAAGACAGAAUUAAGGUCCAUGUACAGCCAAUUGUGUCAAGAUGAUAUGCCUAUGGUGAGAAGAGCGGCUGCAACAAAUUUGGGAAAGUUUGCUGCCACGGUGGAAGCUGCUCAUCUCAAGACUGAUAUAAUGUCUAUGUUUGAGGACCUUACACAGGAUGAUCAAGAUUCCGUUCGCUUACUAGCUGUUGAGGGCUGCGCUGCUCUUGGCAAGUUGUUGGAGCCUCAGGAUUGUGUUGCCCAUAUUCUCCCUGUGAUUGUCAACUUCUCACAGGAUAAGUCUUGGCGUGUUCGUUACAUGGUUGCCAAUCAAUUGUAUGAGCUUUGUGAGGCCGUGGGGCCUGAACCUACUAGGACGGAUUUAGUUCCUGCAUAUGUGCGCCUGCUUCGAGAUAAUGAAGCAGAAGUGCGAAUUGCAGCUGCUGGAAAAGUUACAAAGUUCUGUAGGAUUCUUGAUCCGGAACUUGCUAUCCAGCAUAUUCUUCCCUGCGUAAAGGAAUUGUCAUCAGAUUCUUCGCAACACGUAAGGUCUGCUUUGGCAUCUGUCAUUAUGGGAAUGGCUCCUGUAUUAGGAAAGGAUGCAACAAUCGAACAACUUCUUCCCAUAUUUCUCUCCCUCUUGAAAGACGAAUUCCCUGAUGUUCGCCUCAAUAUCAUUAGCAAGUUGGAUCAAGUCAAUCAGGUUAUAGGAAUCGAUCUACUCUCCCAAUCUUUACUACCAGCUAUUGUCGAGCUGGCAGAAGAUAGACAUUGGAGAGUCAGGCUUGCCAUCAUAGAAUAUAUACCUCUGUUGGCUAGUCAGUUGGGUGUUGGAUUUUUCGACGACAAGCUCGGUGCCCUUUGCAUGCAGUGGCUGCAGGACAAGGUUUACUCAAUUCGAGAUGCUGCUGCUAAUAAUUUGAAGCGUUUGGCAGAGGAAUUCGGUCCAGAAUGGGCAAUGCAGCAUAUAGUUCCUCAGGUGUUGGAUAUGGUGACCAACCCACACUAUUUGUACCGUAUGACCGUGCUUCAGGCAAUCUCACUACUUGCUCCAGUCAUGGGUUCCGACAUAACAUGCUCUAAAUUAUUGCCCGUCAUUGUUAACGCGACCAAGGACAGGGUGCCCAACAUCAAAUUCAAUGUGGCCAAGGUGUUGCAGUCGAUGAUCCCCAUCGUUGAUCAAUCAGUGGUGGAGAAGACGAUUCGUCCCAGUUUGGUCGAGCUCUCGGAGGACCCCGACGUCGAUGUUCGUUUUUUCGCGAAUCAAGCACUCCAGUCGAUCGAUCAUGUGAUGAUGUCUAGCUAGAAAGCGGCGGUGAUCGUUUCUAGUCGUAUUUGAUAGCCAUUGUUGUUUCUGGACCUAAUAACAUACAAAUCAUUUGUAUUUUGUUUCAUGAUUUUGUUUUUUCCUUUAAUUGAGAUAUGCAGUUCAUAGUGUUUUAUAGGAUAGUGAUUUUCUUUGUCUGUAAGCUAAGCUUAAACAGUCGUAAACUAGAUACUCAACUCUCAUGUCUUAUUUUUUGGCCUAUUGUGUCCAAUUGUAUGUCGUAAGUUGUUUUAUCAA